UGACUGACAGGCAGGCGGCCGCCCUGCUUCAAAACCCUCCAGCAUCCUUCAGCUCGCUCCUCCGCAGAGCAGCUCUCCGGCCCGCGGCUGCAGCGUCCGGGGCCCCUUCGCCUUCCUGGCCUCGCCGCCUCUCCAGGAUCCGUCUGUCAAACCGCCUGCUCUUCGGCCGGGAUUGCUCUGCGCUCGGUGCAGCCUGGCUUUGCCCUAGUGACUCCUGGGGGUGCCGGGAGCUUCGCGAGGCCGGGCUGAAGCUCAUCUCGGUCCCCGCUCUUUUGUAAAUACGAAGCGCGCUGCGGAGCGAUGCAGCGUGGAGCCCGCGGCGCCUCGGCGCGUGCUCUCCCCGCAGCUUGCUGAAGGCGCUUUGGAAGAGGCGGCUGCAGCACCGUCCCUCCCGAGCAGGGAAAGAAGGAGCAGCGGCCCCCCAGCUGGCGAGCGUUGCGGCCUGAAGACGCCCGCCGAGUGGAAGUUUAAUUAUUUUGCACCCGGCCUCCCUCCUCUUCGGGUUUUGCAGCUAUCUAGUCGCAGGAUGGGGAGACGGCGCGGGCUUUGCCCACAGGUUUAUUGCUUGUGGCUAGGCUGUGUCGCGCUGUGGGCGCAGGGAGCAGCCGGGCAGGUCCGGCCCGUGGGGGGAUCAGACGCCAUCUACCCAACCUCGGAGAAUCGGGAGGAUGGAGCAGGGGCCGCCACCAGCCGGGUCCGCAGGAGAGGCCAGCAGGAUGUGCUCAGGGGGCCAAACGUGUGUGGCUCUAGAUUCCACUCCUACUGUUGCCCUGGAUGGAAAACGCUCCCUGGAGGAAAUCAGUGUAUUGUUCCAAUUUGUAGAAAUAGUUGUGGUGAUGGAUUUUGUUCCCGUCCUAAUAUGUGCACUUGCUCCAGUGGACAAAUAUCACCUACCUGUGGAUCAAAAUCUAUACAACAGUGCACUAUCAGAUGCAUGAAUGGUGGUACUUGUGCAGACGACCAAUGCCAGUGCCAGAAGGGCUACAUUGGAACUUACUGUGGACAACCUGUCUGUGAAAAUGGUUGCCAGAAUGGAGGACGUUGUAUUGGACCCAACCGCUGUGCAUGCGUAUAUGGAUUUACUGGCCCUCAGUGCGAAAGAGAUUAUAGAACAGGCCCCUGUUUCACUCAGGUCAACAACCAGAUGUGUCAGGGCCAGCUGACUGGCAUUGUUUGCACGAAGACUCUUUGCUGUGCAACCAUUGGACGUGCGUGGGGCCAUCCUUGUGAGAUGUGUCCUGCCCAGCCUCAGCCAUGUCGUCGUGGCUUCAUUCCUAACAUCCGCAAUGGAGCAUGUCAAGAUGUUGAUGAAUGCCAGGCUAUACCAGGAGUCUGUUCAGGAGGAAACUGCAUUAAUACAGUUGGGUCUUAUGAAUGCAAGUGUCCUGCGGGUCACAGACAGAAUGAGGCAACUCAAAAAUGUGAAGAUAUCGAUGAGUGCAGCAUCAUUCCAGGAAUCUGCGAAGGUGGCGAAUGUUCUAACACUGUGGGAAGUUAUUUCUGCAUUUGUCCACGUGGCUAUGUCACAUCUACAGAUGGAUCCCACUGUAUUGAUCAAAGGGCAGGCACGUGUUUCUCCAGCUUGGUGAAUGGUCGCUGUGCACAAGAACUUCCGAAUAGGUUUACCAAAAUGCAGUGCUGUUGUGAAUCUGGUCGAUGCUGGGCCAUUGGAUCUGUUCCUGAGAUGUGUCCUGUGAGAGGCUCUGAUGAAUACCAUAGACUUUGCAUAGAUGGAGUUCCUGUAGGAGGUGGUUCCAGACCUGGUGGACCAGGAGGCAAUGGAUUCCUUCCUGGUGGAAAUGGGAAUGGCUAUGGCCCAGGAGGAGCUGGAUUUAUUCCCAUUCCAGGUGGCAAUGGCUUCUCCCCUGGUGUAGGAGGAGCAGGUGUUGGGACUGGUGGCCAGAGUCCCACUGGAAAUGGUGCAAUCAUUACUGGACUGACAAUCCUCAAUCAGACAAUAGAUAUAUGUAAACACCACCCCAAUCUCUGCUUAAAUGGACGCUGCAUACCAACAAUUUCCAGUUACCGAUGUGAGUGCAACAUGGGAUAUAAGCAAGAUGCAAAUGGGGAUUGUAUAGCGAUGCUAUCAACUGCAUAUUCAAAU